AUGGAACAGCACAUAAAUAUCACAGGAAGUGGUGGCAAUGGUGGCAACCAGGGCACCAACAAGGAAUCUGUGAUCCAAAGCCAAACCGUUGAAGGUAACGAUACCGUUCUUGUAGUAGAGGAAGUAUGGAUAGAAGAACGAGAUAAGAGACUGGUAGAAUCCGUCAGUCAAGUACCACCAGAACUUCUCCAUGGUCCAUUCCUUUCUCAGGAUACCAAACAUCAAAUAGGUGUACUCGAACAAGUAAGUUCCGUCAAAGUCGUCGUAGAUUCCAUACCAGAACAAGGACAAGGUGAACACCACAUUCUUGUAGAAGAAACUUGGAAUCAUCUCAGCAAUACGUUUGUAAGACCAUCUUCCGUGAACCAGAACCAAUCUUGCCAAAUAUCUGAAUUGACCAAGAGCAUAAUCGGCAGACAUGACGGCUUGAGUACCUUCUUCACCAGCAAUACCAACACCCACGUCGGCAGCUUGGAUCAUGGCAACAUCGUUCGAACCGUCUCCAAUAGCCAAUGUCAUGACAUCAAGAGUAUCCUUGACGAGUUUGACAACGGCAGCCUUUUGAGCAGGAGAAACACGGCAACACAAAACGGCCUUGCACUGCUUACACAGCAGCAAGAACUUGUAUUUGACUUUAUCACUGAGAGCAAUUUUCAAAGCUUCACCAUCAAUGACCACACCAAAGUUUCCAGAUGGAGGAGAGUGGAUCUUCUUUGCCUUAUCAAGUUCGGACAUCGAGCCAUCCAUGUCGAAGUGGUUGUGCAAAUACUUUUCAAUCAGUGCAAGCACCAGUUCGCUCUGGUCACCAUCGAUGUUUUUGAUCUCCUCCUCGGUGAACAGUGA